CUGCAGAGCUAUAGAGGACGAAAAGAGCUUUCACUGCUCAAUGAUGGGCAACCAGAAGCUCUGUCUCCUGUUGCUCUUAGGCACCUGCACCUUUGCGCAACAAGGAGAUGAUAGCACAGAAGACCAAGGUUCAAGUUGUUUAAAAGAAGAAUCUAGAUUCAAGCACUUCAAAAAAUAUAUAUACCAGUAUGAAGCGGAAAGUCUCAAUGGUGUGGCUGGUACUGCAGCCUUGAAGAACAGCCCCAAAGUCACCUGUAAAGCUGAGCUGGAAGUCCCUCAGUCAUGCAGUUUUAUCCUGCGUACAAGCGAUUGCUCACUGAGUGAAGUCAUUGACCCACAAAGCAAGCUGUCCUACAGGCCUGCACCCAACACUGAUGACUUCAAGGCUGCCAUGGCCAAGUAUGAUCUGAAAUUCAGAAUUCAGGGUGGAGAUCAUGUCUCCCUAUACCCAGAUAGCGGUGAGCCAGAAAACAUCCUCAACAUGAAGAGAGGCAUCAUCACAGCCCUCAUGGCACCUAUGGAAUCUAACGAAAAAAUAAAAACCAUUCCCAUGGAUACUGUGUAUGGCAAGUGUGACAGUGAACUGACUGUGAACACCAGAAAAGCAGAUACCAGUAGUGCCACUGACAUCACAGUCACCAGGGACCUCGUUAAAUGUCAGAGCUUCAAUCCAAUGAGGGGCUAUGUCAGCCCGUUAGCUUUAAUCACAGGAAUGAACACACCGCUGUCAACCCUGAUCAGCAGCAGCCAGUCCUGCAAGUAUGUCCUGGACAAAAGGAGACAUGUGACUGACGCUACCUGUACUGAAAAACAUGUCUUCCUGCCUUUCUCACACAACAGAGAAUAUGGAAUCAUGUCCCAAGUGAAACAGACACUUAAGUUUGUGGACGUAGUCAAGAUCAACAACAGAUAUUUUGAUCAAGAUGAAUCUGCUGCAAAGCCUCUCACUAUGGACUAUGCAGAGGACAAGUCCCCUGUUCAGACUAAAGAAGCCACUUUGGAAGCUUUCAGAGCCCUGCAAGACCUGCCUGGGACACAGCAGGGCCAGCAAAGAGCCAGUCUUUUCUACAAACUUGUUAACGAGCUGAGAGGCCUGAACAACAAGACUCUGAGUGAAAUGGUACCCGAGAUGACUAAAAUGUCAAGUUCUAUCACAUUACAAGCCCUCCCCCAGUGCGGUACCCCUGAGUGCAUUGGCGCUGCCCUUCAGGUUCUGAGAUUCAUCAAGGCUCCCACUCCAGUGGUGGAUGCAGUGACUUAUUCUCUGGGGCUCCUGCCCUCACCCUGCCACAAGCGAGUCCGUGAGACACUCAACAUGGCUCAAUACCAGCAGAGCAGGGCAACACUGUACGCCCUCAGUCACACAGUGAGAAAAUUCUAUAACAUGGAACAUCUUGUAACCCCUGAAGUCACAGACGUGGCCGAGUUCAUGACCUCUCUGCUGGGAAGUGACUGCUCUGGCAAUGAGGAUCACAUUUACCUGACUCUGAAGGCUAUUGGGAAUAUGGGAAAAGCAAUGGAGGAUGCACACCCCAACCUGAAGUCUACAGUCCUGAAGUGUGUGCAGCAGCCGUCAGCUUCUCUCGCAGUUCAGCAGGCUGCAAUUCAGGCUUUCAGGCAGAUGACAAUUACAGAUGAGGUCCGCAGCAUACUUCUUCGGGUCUUCCAGGAGAACAGUGGGAAGGUUCAGAAACGUGUGGCUGCAUACCUGAUGCUUAUGAAACAACCCUCCCAAUCUGACCUCAGCAAAGUUAGCAAGGCCCUGCUGAAGGAGAGGAACGAGCAAGUUAAGAGCUUUGUUGCCUCCCACAUUGCCAACAUUCUGGAGUCUGAGGACCCCUCUGUCCAAGAACUGAAGAGAAAAGUGGAAGAAGCCCUUAAAGGUAACCAGUUGCCAGAUGCCAUGGACUUCAGAAAGUUCUCACGAAAUUAUCAUGUUUCACACACCAUCCCUGACAAUAUAUUUGGAUUUGAAACCCUGAGAACUACAGUGGGAGGAAACAUGAUUUUUGAUCCUACUGGUUACAUGCCAAGAGAGGCAAUGCUGGAGACCACACUACAAGCCUUUGGAAACACAAUUGAUAUGUUUGAGUUUGGUUUGGAUGGGAAUGGUUUUGAACCAUCUCUGGACGCCCUGUUUGGAGAGAAGGGCUUUUUCCCUGACAGUGCAUUGAAGGCCAUGUAUUGGGUAAAUAACAAACUGCCAGAGCGCGUCAGUGAAGUUCUCAAAAACUGGUUUGGUCACAACAAGGAUGGAAGAACAAAAAGAGAGAUUCCUGAGGAUAUCAUCAAAGAAGUCACUGAUAAUGCUAAGAAGCUGAUGAAGGAUCUAAAAUCCCAGAACUCUCCUGAGGCCACUGCUUACCUGAGAAUUCUGGGAACUGAGCUUGGAUAUCUGAAAAUGAGUGAUUUCAACACAGUGGCUGAGAUGAUCAUGAACUUUGGCAAAGAGCUGCAAGGCCUUCCAAUUCAGCUUGUUAAAGCGGUAACAUCUGGCACAGAUAUGGACCUGUUUGCUCACUACAUAUUCAUGGACAACGAGUUCUCCCUCCCCACUGGAGCGGGUUUACCCCUGAAGUUCUCACUUUCUGGAGUGUUUACUCCUGGAGCCAGGGCAGGUCUGAAGAUUGAUCCAAAGACGAAACAAUUGACUUUUAGACCAUCGCUUUCUGUGGAAUUUAUAACUCAAAUGGGAGUCCAAAUCCCAGAGUUUAACACAAAUGGAAUUCAGAUGCAUACCAACAUCUACCAUGAGUCUGGUGUCAAUGCCAAAGUAUCAAUAAAGGGAGAGCAGGUGAAACUGAGCAUCCCAGCACCACAGGGACCAACACAGCUUUUCAGCAUCAGCAACACGUUGCUGUCAGUGUCCUCUGGUCAAACUGACAUAGUGCCCCCUAUCGUUGAGAGAAGGACUGACACAGUAACCUGCAACCCUAUGUUUCCUGGCCUGCAGUUCUGCACAACUGUACGCUACUCUAAUGCUAGCAUGACAGAUGCUGCUCCGUACUACCCUCUCACUGGAGAAACAAGACUUGCAUUUGAGAUACAGCCUACUGGAGAGGUAACAGAAUACUCAGCAACAAUUGCUUAUGAAUUGCUGAAAGAAGAUCGUGACAAAGUAGACACUGUGAAACUCACUGUUAAGGCUGAAGGGUCUCAAGGUUCUGAAGCAACGGCUACCAUGAAGUAUAACAGAAACAAGAUGACUUUUAGCAGUGACCUCCAGAUCCCAGAUUAUGACGUACAAGUCGGGAUUAAUGUAGGAGUCAAGGAUGAAGGCAUGUUUAAGGGCAAGAAAACAUAUGGUCUUAAUAUUGGUGUCUCAAACAAGAAUGUACCUGAACUGACCCUGCUUGGCAGAGUAAGAUUUGAAGGAAUGAAAGAGGGACAGAUUUCAGCCCAACUCACAAUUCCUCGUAUUAAUGUUGAGGGUAAGACCAGUGCAACCGUUCAUGUUGCCAAUGGAUUAACAGUGCAGCUUGAUGCAACUGCCAACAUUCCAGAGUCAUCUUCCGCACAGCGGGUCAUCUUGAGAUAUGAUAAUGAUAAGGCUGAACUUGAAAUGAAGUCAGACAUACACUCUGAUCUAAAGAAGCUACUUCCAGACUUUAGCCAUUACCAGAACUCUAUACAAAAGUAUACAGAUGACAUCCUGGACCAGAAGGUGGCUAAGACUGACAUGAAACUCCGUCACAUUGUCUCCAAAUCCAUUGAGGCAGGCAACAUUUGGCUGAAUAAAAUUGCAAAGGACCUUCCAUAUGUUGAAAAUCUGAUAAACAAACAAAGCCUCCUGGAUCUGACCUUGCCUUCAAUCCCAGAGAAACUGUACUUGAAAACUGACAGCUUGAUCAGGUACCAGUUCAACAAGAACAAACUGACCUUUGAGGUCGACCUUCCACUCGGAGGAAAAACUUCACAAGAGCUGAAUCUUCCAAAUACAUUCUACACGCCCCCCUUGGUUUUUCCAGAAGUAGGAAUCAACGUGCCUUCCAAAGAGUUCAGCAUUCCUUCCUUCACUAUCCCCAAGACCCAAGAGAUCAGACUUCCACUCCUUGGUGUUGCAGAAUUGUCAACUAAACUCACCAGCAACUAUUACAACUGGACAGCCUCCUUCAUUGGUGGAAACAACACUCAAGACAAUAUGGCUGUAGUACGCUAUAUCGCUAAAUACCAAGUCAAAGCUGAGGCCCCAGUUGAUCUCUUCUGUUACAAUGUGGAAGGUACUGGAUUAAAGACUUCAGAUUCACAUGGUGUGUUUACUACUUCUAUGAAUGGAUCCCUGCAGCACAGCUUACUUGAAGCAUCUGUUAGCUACAGUGACUAUGCUAACUUUGAAGAUCUCAGCUCAAGAGUCAACUAUCACUUUGGUGCUUCAAGUGUUCUUGGUGUCAAAACAUCUCUGUCCUAUACUUUGCAGAAUAAGUUUAAUGAAAUAGGAUUUAAAGGCGAAGAGAUUGUUGGUGGCCAUCUGGAAGUGGGACCACUAUAUGGCAAUUCCACUACCAGAACAAUAUACAGUUUUAAUAAAGAUUGGCUUGAGAGAAGAAUGCAAUCAUCUACAAAGCUGGAUUCGUCUUUCCUAGAAGCUAGCAACAGAAUGACUUGCAGUUAUGUCAAUGAAGAACUAUCAUUUAUUUCAAACACUGAUGUUAACAGUGGUGCGUUAGUUCAUGUUGGUGAAAUAAGCUACAAGGAUGGUGUGCUGAAUGUGAAAUCUGAUGCUAAUGGAAGGCAUAAAAGUAUAUCAGCCCUUAACAAAAUUGAAAUUUCACUGUCUGGCCAAAUCGCAACAAUGAGAGUUGAAUCUCAAGCUCAGCAUUUAAGAAACAGAGUGUUUGCUCUUAUUUCUGGUUCCCUGAAUGGUCGAGGUCUUGAAUUAAAUGCUGAUGGUACCAUCAAUGUUGCAGAAAGCCGUGGAGCUCACAAGGCUACCCUGACAAUCAAUCCAAAUGGCUUGGCCACCAGUGCAACGACUAGUCUUCAGUGCAGUGCAGUGAUAUUCUCGAAUGUAUUUAAUGGUGGAAUCGAUGCAUCUGGAGCCACACUUAGCCUAGUUACAAAAGGAAGUGACAUCAAGAACACUGCUGAGCUCACUGUAGAUGGCAAAGUAGGAUCAUCUGAAGUAUAUUUAAACAGUGUGUAUAAGGGCAAUAUUAUGGAUGCAAACAGCAGAAACCGAUUGAACUUUAAAGUAAAUAAGGAAGGACUGGCAUUUUCAAACAACAUGAUGGGAUCCUACAAUAAAAUCAAGGCAGAGCACACAAAUACCUUGAACAUCGCUCUGUGGUCUAUAGCCUUCACUUCAAAAACAGACAACUUGCUAGGUGCAGGUAACUCUUACAAGCAUGACUUUAAGUUUGACUUGAAACCUUUCAUCAUUUCACUGAGCCUGAACAAUGAUCUCAAGUUCCUUGGUGUUGAUUUCACCAAUGAGGGCAAACUUAAGCUUGAACCUCUCAACCUCAACUUGAAUGGAAAUGUGAGAGGAGCAUACGGAAAAGAUCAAGAGUUGAAGCACACAUAUACAAUUAAUUAUGCUGAACUUGCAGGUACUGUGGAGUGUAGCACCACUGGCAGAGUUUGGGGAGCACAGGUUGACAAUGCCGUCAAACUGGAGGUUGCAGCACUUUCUUCUAAAUUCCACAGUGACACCAAACUCAGUUGUAAAUCCCUCCGCUUUGAUAACGUGAUUCGUACUCUUGUAAAACCAUUCAAGGUUUCUGUUGAAGCUGUUACCAAUGGUGAUGGAAGUCUAAACUUAUAUGGAACCCACAGUGGGCAGUUGUAUAGCAAAUUCUUAAUGAAAGCUGAACCACUGGCUGUUACUUACUUACAUGAUUACAGAGGAUCAACAACCCAUCAACUGGAAACUGGAGGACCUGCUUCCACACUCCUCGAUAACAAGGUAAAUGGACUGGUUACUCCAUCUGAGCAGUCAAGUACAUGGAAGCUUAAAACUCAGCUAAACAAAAAUACCUACACCCAAGAUGUAAUUGCCUACAACAAGGCAGAGAAGAUUGGCAUUGAGCUUGCUGGUCACAUACUCACAGAUAUAUUGCCCAUUUUUGCAAGCUCUGGUAGAUCAGCCCGAGAUGUUUCUGGUCAGCCCCAGGAGUUUAGCAUUUCUGGCUUUCUUAAAUAUGAUAAAAACAAAGAUCUUCAUAUCAUUGAACUGCCUUUUGUAGAAAGCCUACCUGCAGUGAUUGAGCAAAUAAAAGCUAACAUGGUAAAUGCUCUGGAGUCUCUGCAAAAGUAUCUAAAAAGUCUAAAACUGAAUGAUUUAGUGCGCAAAUACAAGGCUUCUCUAGAUAAACUACCUCAACAGGUGAACGAUUACAUGAAGAGAUUGGACUUGGAAAGCAAAGUUAACGAUGCUAAAAAACAGCUGAUGGUCUUUACUAAAGAUUAUACUGUCACUAUAGAAGACCUGGAGAGAUAUUUGGAGAGAGUGAAAGAAUUAUAUCAAGAAGCUCUAACUGAUCUGCAAGAACAACUGAACAAACUUGAGAUGAUGCUUAAAGCUUAUGACCCAAUUGAAUGGAAACAAGCUAUCGAGAAACUGAUCAGUAAAAUUGUAAAAACACUGAGGACAAUUGACCAGCAGUAUGAGAUCACUAGAACUGCCAUGAGCACCAUUAGUGUCAUGCAGGAUAUAAUUCAAAAGUAUGAUCUAAACAAACUGAAAGACAGCAGUACAGCUUGGCUUCAGAAUCUCGAUGAAAAGUAUCAAAUAAAAGCAGAGCUCCAAAAAGCACUGGACAAGCUGAAAGACCUGAUUCAGAACUUUGAUGUUCAGAAGAUUGCAGAAGACCUUGUAGACUGUAUUAAAUCAAUUAAUAUUGAAGAUGCUAUUAAUUCUCUAAAGACUUCCUUCCCUACAGAUGAAAUAAAUAGAGUUAUGGAAACCAUCAAAGAUGUGGUUCUGAAUUGGAUAGAAGAAUAUGAAAUUGCUGAAAAGAUCAACAGUGCAUAUGCAAAGCUGCAAGAAUUACUUGUUAAAUAUGAAAUUGACAAGAAGUUACAGGUUCUCAUGGAUAAAUCUGUACUGCUUGUUCAGCAGUACAAAGUAAAAGAAACUGUGCAAUCAGCUGUAAAUGUUCUGAAAAGCAUUGAUUUGAAGUCAUAUGUUGAUACAAUGCAACAGUCUCUGGAUGAUGUGAUUAAGCAACUGAAAGCACAAGACUACAAGCAAAUAAUUGAGCAGCUGAAUGCGUAUAUUGAUAUGCUUCUUCAAAAAAUAAAAUCUUUCAACUACAAUACAUUUGUUGAUGAAACAAACAAAAAAAUUGGUGACAUGACAAAGUAUGUAAAUUCACAGAUCAAAGAUCUUGAGAUACCACAGAAAAUUGAGUCUGCAAAGCAAUACAUAAGAGAUAUUCAAACUGCAGCUAUCUCCUAUUUGGAACAGUUGAAAGAUACCAGACUUGCAGAAGUGAUUACAUGGUGCAAAGACUUAAUGGAUUCAACAGCCCUAACUGAAGUUAAAAAAAGGAUACAGGAAAAUCUUGAGGAUCUGAGAAACAGGAUUAGCACAAUGGACAUUCAGAAAGAAGUUAAACUGUAUUUGCAGCGGGCUAGUGACUUUUACAAUAGAUUUGUCAACUUCAUGAUAGAUCAGUGGAACAAUGCAUACAAGAACAUCAGUACCCUAGCUGAACAAUAUGACGUAAAAAAUGCUGUUGACAGGCUAAAGAAAGCUGUUGAAGAAGGAGUUACAUUUCCUGAAAGCAUCAUUGGCACAGUUAGAAUCCCUGCAUUUGAGUUAAGCCUGAAUGCACUGAAGAAGGCAGAGUUUGAAACACCUGAGUUUACAGUACCAUUAACAGAUCUGCAGGUCCCUUCUUUCAAAAUUAACCUGAAAAAGUUGCAAGAAAUCAGCAUUCCAACCCGGUUUACAGUUCCAGAGUUUAGUGUUCUGGAUAUCUACAUCAUUCCAUCACAUACCAUUGAUUUGGAGGAAAUUAAAAAAGCAAUUAUUAGAGCAGUUGAUCGUAUCAGAAAUUUUCAAAUUGAAUUACCAGAACCAGACAUCUAUUUCAGAGAACUGAAAAUAGCAUACCUGUCUAACCUGCCUGAUCUUACAUUUCCAGAGGUAAAGCUUUCAGAAAUCAAUUUUCCUGAAAUCAGAAUUCCAAAGCUCAACAAUAAGAACUUUCAAUUCCCAGAGCUUCAGAUUCCUGAAUUCCAUCUGCCACGCAUACCUCAUGAAGUGAGUAUUCCCACUUUUGGCAAACUCUCUGGUGAGUUCAAAAUAAAAUCUCCUUACUACACACUGACAACAACAGCUGAAGUCCGAAAUGCUACUGCUAGCCAGAUGAAUCCUGAGAUUACAGCCAGUGUUACCUCCGAAGCCACAUCUAGUGUAGAUUAUCUUGCCUUUACUUUAGAUGCCACUGCCCAUCUCUCAGCACCUGAAAUGAAGAGUCUGAAGCUAAUUGAGAAUGUUAAGUUCAACAACAAGUUUUUUUCACUUGACCACAACAGUAAAUUAAUUUUCUCAGGCAAGUCAGUAUUGGGAACUGCAGAAACAACAGCAAAGGCCACAACUGAAGCUUACAGUGCAGAAGCAGUGAAUAACCUGCGUGUCUCGUUAGAGCGUGGAGUUUCAGUCACAAUGCAUACAAAGUACACUCACAACCUAAACAUCCCAGAAGCAGAUAUAUCAAGCCAGACAACUCUGGAUCAAAAUGUUAAUACUCGCUUAGAAUCGGGAACUGUGUCAGUGACUGUUUCAACCACAGGGAGUGGAAAGUGGUCAGUUCCUGACUACUCUGAUGAUGGCACACACAAAAGCGAUCUUGAGUUCACCGUCAAUUUCAAUACUGCAAAACUUACAUUCACUGGUCAAACCAACAGCAAGUUUUUGAAAAUGAAACAGACCAUAACCUUAGAAUCUGUCAUCCUGAAUCACAUAAAUGUUGAUAUCCGAGCUGAAACAGAGACUCCCUUUGUUAAAAGUAGUGUUUUUGUUCUGAAUGGAAAGGCUCAAGUGUCAGAUAUGAAAAUAGAACUAGGAGCAACCCACAAUGCAGUACUUGUUGGAAGAGUUAGUGGAAAAGUCAUAAAUUCAGUUGGCUUUUCAGUAAAGCCAUUUGAAAUAUCUCUAACUGUCAAUAAUGAUGGGAAUACAAAGAUUAGUUUACCCUUAAAACUCACUGGUAAAAUUGACCUUAAGAAUAACUAUGCACUGAUCCUUACUUCAAAAGUUCAGCUAUUUAGCUGGGUGGCUGGAGCAAGAUUCAAUCAGUACAAAUAUUCCCACAAUGUUAAUCUAGGCAACAGCGACGACAGCAUUUCAGUUAAUCUGGCAAUGAAUGGUGAAGCAAACCUUGAGUUUUUGAAUACCCCUGUUACAAUUCCUGAAAUUAAAAUCCCUUACACUUCAAUGAAAACCCGAUUAGUUAAAGAUGUUUCCCUAUGGCAGGAUACAGGCCUUAAGAAUCUCCUACUGACACCCCGGCAGUCCUUUGACUUGACGUUCAGGGUUCAGUAUCAAAAGAAUAAGGACAUGCAUUCUUACUCAGUAAAUCUGGAGCCAGUAUACAGUACAAUAAAUGAUUAUGUCAUUGAAACAUUCAAUCAGAACUUUGAAGUUGGCAGAGAUAAGGUAGUCACCCUCCUGACAAACUCUUACAACAAAGCCAAAGAACAAUAUAGGAAACUCAAAAUAGACACAUCGGUCAACAAGAUGCCAAAAGCAUUCAGAAUUCCAGGGUACACAGUCCCUGUGUUAAACAUUGAAGUUUCUCCAUUCAUGGCUGAAUUGCCAGAAUUCGGUUUUGUUAUACCCAAGGAAGUUAGUACACCUGGAUUCACUGUACCAAUGAUUGGCUUUUCAAUGCCAUCCUAUACCCUUGUCCUUCCCUCUUUGGAACUCCCUGUACUUCAUGUACCUGCCACCCUCCAGAAGUUGACACUACCCAAGUUUAAAGUGCCCCGAACACAAGAUACAAUCCUGGUUCCUGCUAUGGGCAACAUAACAUAUGAUUUUGCAUUCAAAUCAGCUGUGAUCACACUGAAUGCCAACGCAGGAAUAUACAAUCAGUCUGACAUUACAGCUCGCUUCAGUGCUUCUUCUUCUUCUGUAUUUGACAUUCUGAACUUCAAACUCGAUGGCACAACAAGCCUGACAAGGCAGAGAGGUCUUAAAUUGGCCACAGCCUUAUCCCUAAACCACCAAAACAUUGAGGGAGCCCACGACAGUACACUAGGCCUCACAAAGAGAUUCAUAGAUGCCUCUGUAACUACAACUUCCAAAGUAAAAUUGCCAGGUCUUAACCUUGAAUUUAAGCAAGAACUUAAAGGGAAUAGUAAGUCUAAACCAAACGUAGCUUCAAAGAUUAAUCUUAAAUAUAAUUUCAAAGUUCCCCAGAUUGAUACCAAUGGCAAAGGAACAGUUGACCAUACUCUUAGCCUAGAAGGACUGACCUCAUAUUUCUCUUUGGACACCACAACAAAAGGAAAUAUUGAAGGAAUUUUCUUAACUACAAACACAUUUUCUGGAAAAAUCAAUAAUGAAGCAAGUACCUACCUUAAUUCCAAUGGCAUUCGAUCAACCAUUAAGACCAAUGCUAAUUCUAAAGUAGAUUCUAAGAAGAGUAAAAUCUGGAAUUUUGACUUAAAUGAGAACCUUGCCUUGGAGGCAUCCCCACUCCGUCUAUACGCAAUGUGGAAUCAUACUGGAAGCAAUGAAGCCAUCAUAAGCUCUUUCAAUACCAAAGGAAACCAAGCAGCCAAAGCAAUUCUUGAACUAGUCCCAACAAGUAUGAAAGCUGAUCUUCAGCUAGCAGUCUCUCAGCCAAGUAGCCUUGUUGAGGAAGCCAGCAUUCAUCAUACCGUAACUGUAAAUAUUAACUCUGAAAAUCAGAAGCUAGGCUGGAAUGGCAAAGAACAAUUCAUGUCAAAAAUUCUUGCUCAUGAUUUCCUGCUCUCAAAUGAUGACUCCGAGGUGCGCUUUGAUGUUACUGGGUCUGUGCAGGGACAUGUCACUUUCCUCAAAGACAUUACACUACCAAUUUAUAAGAAGAGCAUUUGGGAAAUCCUGAGGCUUGAUUUAACUACCAGUGAAGAUAAGCUCCAAUACCUGAAUGGUUCUACUACCAUUGUUUACACUAAGAACAAAGAUGGUUAUUUCUUCCCUCUGCCUAUAAAUGUCCUGGCUGAUGGUGUUACAAUCAAUAUACCAGAAGUAACUCUGCAGAUUCCAAAAUGGGUAAGAAAUCUGCCACGUAAAAUUCGAGAAAUUGACAUUCCAAUUGAGAAUUUCAAAAUCCCAGAAAGAGUGUCAAUCCCUUCAGUUAUAGUAACACCAGCUUUCAAAGUUCCCUUAACCACUCUUCAAUUGCCAUCAUAUACUAUUGACUUUAAGAAGAUUAAAAUUCCAAAAAAGAUAAGUUUACUGUCAUUUGAUCUGACUCUUCCUCAUUUGCCCAAAGUGAAAUUUCCCAAAGUGGAUAUUGCUGCUCAGUACCUCAAUGCCGUGAAAUCCAAACUACCCCAAUUUUCAGUAGCUGUUCCUGAUUUUAACAUUAUCAUCUCGUCGUUCACUCUUCCAAAAACAUUUACAGUUGGCAGCCAUGUCAUCGAAAUGGAUAAAGUGGUAAAUCAAAUUGCCAAUUUUGAUCUUCCCACAAUCACAAUUCCAGAGCAAAAAAUAGAGAUUCCAGAAAUAUCAGUAUCCCUCCCAGCUGGGCUUUUUAUUCCUGUUUUUGGAGCUCUCUCAACCACUGUUAAAGUUGCAUCACCAGUAUACAACAUGUCAUGGACCACAAGCCUUGAAAACAAAACUUCAUCCAUGGUCUCUUCAGUCAAGUCCACCUGCAGUUCCACUGUGAUGUUUCUGGAAUAUGACCUGGAAGCAAGUGCAACCACCAGUUACCAGGAUGGAGCUUUCAAACUUGAUGGAAAAUGCACUUUAUCCCAUAAUGACUUGAGCAUUGAGUGGCGCCAUGCAUAUAAUCUCAAGAACCAAAGAAUGAAACGCCAAGCACUUCCAGACCCAAGACCGAAGCACCACUUAUUAAAUGUUGACAUCACCAGCCCAACUUUUGCUGAUGUCAGCAUACGCUAUGCAGCAGGCUUGGAUGUCAUCACUGCUUCAGUUGCUUCUCCAUCAGCUGGAUUCCUUGGCCUUCUUCUGGAAAAAACAGGCCCUGAACGUAUUCAUGGAAAACUGUACAGCCGUUAUCCAUCCUUUCCUGAAAAUGACGUAGACCUUCUAGAUGCUAUAGUGUCUGUGAAGAACCCUGAAAAGCUCCAUGUAGAAGCCUUCUGGAAUCGUGAUGGCCCUUAUUUUAUGCUGGAAGGCCUGACCCAAAGAAUUCCAAAAAUGGCUUCUGCUGUGUACAGCUGCAUCAACAAAUACCACCGUCAGCUUUUUGGAAUGGACAUCAACAGGUUGUCUCUGAUGCUGAAAGACAACAUUCAGAACUACAUUGAGACAGUCUCUAUAGAAACCUCCAAGAAGAUCGACGAGCUUGAAAGAGGUCUUCACAACAUGGUUAAAUAUGCUUUUUUGAAAUACGAACAAAUGAACGAUAAGACCAAGAACAUCUAUAAAAGGGCAGCUAACAUGGCCAAAGUAGACCUUCAGGACUUGAGCAGCAAGUUUUACGAUGCCUCUAUUGACCUAAUAAGAGAGUACCAGAAGAAGAUUAAUGACCUGCUUGAUGCAACCAUUAAAUUCUUAAGGGUAACUAAGUUCCAGAUGCCUGGGUUAAAUCAAAGGUAUACUGGACAAGAGCUCUUUAACAAGGCUGCAGAUUCUGCAUCAGUAAUGAUUGACAAGUUCCUGCAGCAAGUAAAAAAUGUCCUGCAGCAGUAUACAGAUGCUUUGAUUAAGUAUAUAAAUGAUAUGGAGAUUAAGGUCCCUGGCACUGACAAAAUCCUACAAGGCAAAGAGGUUCUAGAUAGUAUUAAAGACUACUUAAGAAAAGUCCAGAAUGAAGUUGUAGAUGCAGUAAAAAGCCUUCGGAAAGUCAACCUUGAAAAAAGUCUUCAGAAAUUGAAAGAUUUUUUUAAGACCUCAUUCAUGCAAGUUGAGGAGGUGAUCAAAGCCCUGAAGACUAAGAAUCUCGAAGAAAUUAAAGUCCAAGUCCAGGGAAUGUACAAUGAUGCCAUCAAUUCACCUUUGACUGCACAAAUUAAAUAUGCUCUAGAUCUUGUGGUAGAUUCUGUGACUUACUUCUAUGAAUUUACACAAACUUGCCUCAAGCAUGUUGUGGAAGAGCUGGAGAAGUCCAGUCGUUAUGUGAAGUCACUCCAAGAAGAGUACUUAGAUGCUAACAUGGUUGGGUGGACUGUUAAAUACUAUGAAAUUGAAGAGAAGAUGAUUGAGCUGGUGAAGAGUUGUGCAGAGUAUGUGAAAGAAACUGGACCCAAAUACAUUGAGCAAUUCAUAGCAUAUGUCACCCAAUUGACAGAAAAAUUGAAAGAGCUGGUUGGGAAGCAGGGUGCUGAGUAUUUAAACUAUGCCAAGGACCUGCUCAUUGAUGCAGAUGGAAGUAGAAUUAAAAAGAUUUCAGAGCUGUCAAAUAAAGCAGAGGCACAGAUUCGUGAAUGGUCUACUCUUGCCAAAAACAUAGCCACUGAAUACAGAGACCACACCCAAGUUAAAUUGCAAGAGGCAUAUGGCAACCUGUCACUUGAUAAAUUGACCUCAGAAGCAGAGCGACUCUUUGACAUCAUCAUUCAACAAUACUCUGCAUAUUACCAAGCUAUUUUGGAGAUUCUUAAGGAGCUAAACAAUAACAUUCAGCCAUAUAUCCAAUACCGUGACGAAAAGCUUCAACUUGAUGUUCCACUUCCUUUCCUUUGGGAACAUUUUGACGAAUUACCCAAGCGCAAGGAGCGAUGAGCCCAUUAAACACCACCAUUUAAAUGGGAGGGCAAAUACAAACCACAAAAAGCUGUUUCAGAACAAAAAGGACAUUUAUUAUUAUGACAUAAUUUUUUUCCUUGCUAUAUUUAAAGGUGUUAUGUGAUCAGUAUUUAGUGCCACAUCGUAUAAAAACUGUAAUGUUUUUCUUUUGUAAAUGAAGUAUUAUAAUCAUUUAGGGGGGUUUAAAGCCUUUCUUAAUAUGCAAAUAAAUAGAGAUUCUUUAUUAA